AUGAUAUCAAUGGACUCAACCCCAACAUUGAAUUUUGAAACAUCAGAUAAUCUGGAUGGAUUACCGGAUGGAUCAAAUGCAUUUAAAAUAAAUAUAGAUGAUUUGGAAUUUGGACAAGAAAUUGGUAAAGGUGCAUAUGGUAAAAUUUUUAAAGGUGAAUAUUUUGGAACACCAGUUGCAAUUAAAGAGAUAUCAUUACAACCAAACGAUGUGAAAUAUAAAGAUUUAACCAAAUUUAUACAGAGAGAAGUAGCAAUGUUAAGAUUUAGUCAUCCAAAUUUAGUUCAAUUCAUUGGAGUAUCGGAAAGAGGAUCCAGUCUAUACAUUGUUACAGAGUUUGUACAGGGUGGUGAUUUAGCUUAUUAUUUAUUUAGAAAUAAAUUUGAUGACACUCCAGAACAGUAUAUACACAGAAAAGUGAAUGUCGGAAGUAGCUCAACACCCGACCUAUCGGACCCGACCGUUCACAACGGCGAGAAGUUGGUGCAGUUGGCAUGGCCGUUGCGUAUAAAGAUAGCCUAUGACGUUGCCUGCGCAAUGGCGUAUCUCCACUCGAGGAAUGUGAUACACCGUGAUUUGAAAUCCACAAAUUUAUUAGUUGGCGACAAUUGGAGAAUCAAAGUUUGUGAUAUGGGAUUCGCCAGAACUGCACAGGUCGGCGGAGGGUCAAGAGCAAAGCGAACAAUGACCAUCUGCGGAACCACAAAUUGCAUGGCGCCAGAGGUCGUGCUCGGCCAAGAUUAUAAUGAGGCGUGCGAUGUCUUCUCCUAUGGUAUUGUGCUAUCGGAGAUUAUCACUCGUAUGGAUACAACAAAUAAUCUUAGACCUUCGUCUUUAAAGUACGGUUUGGAUGUCGAUGUCUUAUUACCAUUGGUUCCAAAAGAUUGUCCACCACCAUUUUUAAAAUUGGUUCUAGAUUGCACUGAAUAUGAUCCAGACAAUAGACCUACCUUUAAAGAAAUCACAGAACGUUUAAAAAGUUUAACUAAAAAAUUAUCAACACCUCACAUUUUACCACCUUUAAGAGUUUUAGCACAAUCACCAUUAACAUCACCAAUUCAAUCACCAAUUUCAACUAAAAAUCAAUUUAAUCCAAAUUUAUUUAAAUCAAUUGUACAUAAUAAUCAUAAUCAUAGUAGUAGUAGUAAUAAUAGUAGCGGAUAUAAUAAUAAUAGUAAUCAUAAUAUAAAUAUAACAGUAAAUAGCAUAAAUAUAAAUAGUAGUAAUAUAAAUAAUAAUAAUAAUAAUAAUAAUAUAAAUAAUAAUAAUAAUAAUAAUAAUAAUAUUAGUUUUUCAGGAAGACAAGAAGAGUUAAUGUCACCAAUAUCAAUGGGAGAUGAAAGUGAUUUAGAUUCCGAUGAUGAGGAUGAUUCUUAUACUUCUUCAGCUUCUUCAAGUAGAUGUAAUUCAAGAAACGGUAAAAUUAUAAAUGGAGGAAAACAAAUGGGUUAUAUAAUAAAACAUCAUUAUAGUAGUGAUUUGGAAUCAUCGCCUAAUGGUAAUAAUAUUAAUAACAACAACAAUAACAAUAAUAACAACAACAACAACAACAACAAUAAUAAUAAUAAUAAUAAUAAUAGCGGCAAUAAUGGAAUUUGUAUAAAUAGUUUAAGUUUAGGAGUAUCGUCAUCACCAAUUCAAAUUGGAUUAUCAUCAAAAUCACCAACACCACCAUCAAUGUCACCACCAACUUCUGUAAAAUCUUAUCAUCCAAAUAAUAAUAAUAAUAAUAUCAAUAUCAACAACACCAACACCAACAUCAACAAUAAUAAAAUUUCAUCAUCACCACCAGUUAAAAAUUCACCAAAAUCAAAUAGAUUUUCAAAUGGAUCAUUAAAACAACAAUUUCAACAAUAUCAACAACAACAACAACAAUUAUUUUUAAAUAUUAAUGAAGAUGAUAAAGAAUUGGAGGAAUUAUCAAAAUCAAUUGAUGAUACUUUUAGAUUACAUUUUUCACCUUUAAAUAUUUCACCAACUCAAAAUAAUAAUAACAAUAAUAACAAUAGCAAUAAUAACAAUGGUAAUGUUAAUCAUAAUCAUCAUCAUUUAAAUCAACAUAGUCAUAUUAAUGGUCAUUUAAUAUCACCAACAAUUAUAUCUUCAUCAUCAACAACUUCUUCAUCAACUUCAACACCUUCUUUAGUUAGUUUAACUUCAUCUAGGGAUCACCAUCAUCAUCACAUAUCUGUAACCUCUUCUCCAACUAAUAUCAAACCAUUAUCUUCUUCAAUUGCCUCAAAUUCUUCAGUCUUCACUCCGUUAGGUAGUGGAUUAACAAGAACUGUACAAAGUUAA